CCGCUGUUUUCUGUGGCUUGCGUAUCUCAAUCUCGGGCACUAGUGUUGAGAUCCAAGCCCACCCUACAGGCAAGCCUCUUGCGAGCGCUUUUUCUGCAGGGAUGGAUAAGCGCCAGCGGGGGAUCAUUAGGGGCCAUCUAGCACGUCUUAGACUUUCGGCUAAUCUGAUUCCAAUAGAAGCAGCUAAGAAACUCGUGGCUGAACUAAUACAACAACGGCACACGCCUAGACUUAUUAUGAAAGAAGUUGAGUAUUUCUGUACUUGGUACCAUGAGAAACUGAUAAACUAAAAUAGGGCACGUAAUGCCUAGUCAUAGUCCCUGGCACCCUUUUGGUGACCAUGGGUGUUGAUCCGAUGAUAAGAAUGUGAUGAAUUUAAAUUCUCUUUGCUCUUUCCUGUCCUGUGAUGCUCUCAGAAUGUUGGCUUGUUGAAUUUGAUCUGCUUUAUCCCUCUGCUGCGUAUCUGAAUUUCAAUGCGUCCCAUGAUCUGAAAAAGGUGAGAUCAUAUGUGGUGAUUUCAGAUUUUGAAGAUCACACACGUUUACAUUGUUGUUGAGUAUGAUUAUUUUCCGUUGUAGAACAUGUAGACAUGUUUUCUCUCCUCUAUCGAUGUUUGUGUUUAUAUCCGCCAUUGUUCGUCCACGCAUUUCUUUAUCCACCUUUGUACUGUGUUCUUGCUUCUAUCAUUCUUGUGCAUAUUCCCCUACAUCACGACCUGUUUGUUUUUCAAUUUUUCAAUUUUCCAUUUUCAAUUUUCAUCUCUCUGUUAAUAUCUACCCAAUUUGGCGCAUUUCCGAAAAAACUACGUCCCACAAGACUUGAGAUGCUAUUACCCUCAUUCAUGUGUUUUCAAAAAACCUCUUUGGUUUUUAGGUUGCAGGAGUAG